AUGGAUCACCGCUACUCAUCCUCGCGGUACACCACCGCUCGGCCGCGCUCGCCCACCUUCAAUCCUGCGCGGGCUUCGCUUCCUACCAGCAUCGGCUAUAGCUCCAUGUACGGGGGUGAUAUUCAUGUCAUGCCCACGUCUUCGACGAGAUACGCCUCUGGUAGUUCUCGACCCCACCAUUCCGGCGCGCCGACGACCACCACGACGACUUAUGCAGUCACCAAAGACCCUCUCGCUCGCGGUGCGGGCUUAAGAGAAGCGAGCCGCAAUCGCUCUCAUCGCUCCUCGACCCUCGACUCUACCUCUGCCCGCCCAGUCAUUGUUACCACAACGACCCGACCGCCGCAGGCCACUUCAUCGUCGCACCACUCGUCAAGCAACAGACACAGCAGCCCGACUCGCGAUGACUAUCGCUCCAGCGAUUCGACUUUUUACACGCAGCCUGCGUCAUCCAUACGUUCCCGAAGCCACCACCGCGGUGGCUCUUACAGCGCAGUAAUGGACAAUGAAGAAUUCACCCGAAUGCGCGAGCGAACCCUUGAUCCUACACCGUCUAGGCAUGAUUCGUACCGCGCAUCGAGGAAUUCGGCCAUUUAUGCCAAUAUUUCCCGCCAUGGAAAUGCUCCAGUCGACAUUGGUGGUAGCGAUGGCUACGAAUACACUACACCAAGCGACUUGGCGCGCUACGACUUGGAUCACACUCGACCUCCUUCAAGGUCACGCAGGCGAGAGAGCAUCGAUCGUGGCUAUUACCGACCCAGUGUUAAUGUCACGACGACUGAGAGCACUAGUCGUCCCUACGAUGUCGGCCGACAGCGAGCCGGCCCACCGCCAACCACAUGGGGUUUGGACAAAAUCAACCGCUCCUCCACGAACGUAUACGACCCAGCUCAAUCCUCGAUUCCUCCGGCAGCCCCUGUGGCGCCUGUUCACUUACCUGUGCCUCCCAGCCCGACAAACCGACGCUCUACUGGUGGCAUCCCUUCAUCUAUGGAUGUAGCCGCAGCAACUUCUGUGGCCGCAGCGACUGUCGCAGGAGCCACUGCUUCUCGGCGACCUGUAUCAGUGUACAAUGAAGGCCCUCCUCGAUCAAGCCAUCACGAGGACUUUUACCGGAGUCGCGAUGACGAUCGGGCCCAGCGACAAGCUCGGGAGCCCGAUCGCAAGUACGAUCCGAUUUAUGGCAGUGGUGAUUAUUACGAUAAUGGCGUGACGACCCGUGGUUUCGGCAUUCGUACAGACUCAGCCCCUGUUGGCGGCGACUUUGAUGCACGAAGGGAGGUACGGCCCGAGUCUCGGAACGGAUACCGUCCAGACUCCCGGACUGGAUACAGGCCAGAGUCGCGCGGCGGCCACCGACCAGAGUCUCGAAGUGGACAUCGAACAUCCCCUCCAGACGUUAAGAGAGGUUCCGACGAUGAAUCCAAGCGCCGAGAGGACAAGGAUCGCUCAAAGCGGGAUUCAGCUCGACUCGAAAGUGACAAGGAUCGGCAUCUGCGGCGCACUAGCACGGCUAAUGAGGAUGAAGCCGAGCGGAAGCGACUGCGUGAUAAGUUGAGUGCAGGACUUGGUCUUGCAGCAACCGCGAUUGGUCUCGGCUCGGCCGUAAAGGAGAAGGAGAAGGAGAAGGACAAGGAUGAGCGUCCGGAGAAGCCGGAGCGAGAGUCUCGGCGCCGAAGCGAUGAAGAGGACCCUGGAGCUCGUGCUGCCGAGAGAUACAAACCUCGGGACGAGUCUCGGGACCCUCGAGACCGUGCACCUGUCAUCGUCGAGACUCGUAGAGCUGCCGCCGAGCAAGAGACGGACGUUCGCGACCGGGAGAAGGAGCGUGAUAAAGAGCGUGAUCGAGAGCGUGACCGGGAGCGCGACCGAGAACGCGACCGCGACCGCAACCGCCGGGACGCCGAAGCCAAGCUCACUGGUGAUUCUACAACCGCACAACGAGAUGUUUCUCCAGACGACGAAGAGCAGAAGGCGAGACGUCCGAAGCGGCAGAUUGGCUUCAAUCCCACCAACACCAAUGAUAUUCGGGAAUUGAAGGAGCAGCUGGCAGCCAUGAAGGAUGACAAGCCAGAGAGGGCAUCCGUUCCUGUUGACAGAUCAGACCGUGUCGACCGGUCGGAACGCUCAGAACGUCCAGAGCGGUCUGAGAGAUACGAAAGAUCCGAGCGAUUGGACAGGCCCGAACGCUCUGAGAAAGACGACAGGUCAGAUAAGCAAACUUACGCCGAUCUUCCGCUUCGUGAGAUACACCGAGACCCCAAGGAACGCACGCCUUCACCCAAGAAGGAAUCACCUCCGCCAAAGAAAGAAUCGCCCGUCUCACUUCCUUCGACCGACUCAGCUGUCACGUCAACCAGAGAUGAAUACCGCGAUCGCGACCGCGACCGCGACGUUCCGCCACUUCGCGACGAGAAACAGGUCCGUGUUGUGUCUCCACCUCGCGACAAAUCGGACGCAAAGCCUCUCAAGGGUAUCUUGAAGGCACCCAAGAAGUACCCUGAGGAGGACAACCCAAUCCGCGAGGGUGUGGCCCCUCACAAGGACGACAAGAAACUCAGAGAAGUUCCUCCUGGUGCCCGUUGGACCAAAAUUAGCCGCAAGAUUGUGAACCCUGAGGCCUUGACCGUCGGCAAGGAGCGGUUCGAAGUCCGAGACGACUUCGUCAUUGUCCUUCGCGUUCUUAGCAAGGAGGAGAUCCAGGCCUAUGCCGCCGCAACACAGGUCUUGCGAGAACGGAGGCGCGAAGAGACUGGCAAAGACCGGGACCGCGGCGACCGCAAUCGGGACCAGGAUCGUGGACGCGAUCGCGAUGGCGAAGACGACGACAAAAGGAAACAUCGCCACCACAGGAGAGAGGACGGCGAUGACGACCGGUAUGACGAGGAGCGCGAUAGGGAGCGCCACCGCAGACACCGUCGAGAUGAAGACGAAUACGACGAUGACUCGAGGCGACGAGAUGACCAUCACCACCGCCACCGAGAGCGAGACCGCGAGACCCUGGCCAUUGAGGGUUGA